AUGUCUACUUCGAAACACAGCCACAGGCUAGCUCUCACAAACGAGCCUCCCAGCAGGAAGCGUAACAACCACGUUCCCUGGUCCGACGCGUUAAAAAGUACACAGCAAGUCGCCAAUACCAGCAUCUCCAAACGACCGCGAAAUUUCCAACAUGGAGACGGCUGGGAUGGCAGAUCGUCCCCGUCGGAAAGUUCAACCGCGAACGAAGAUUCUUAUAAUAUGCUGGACGGGUGUCAGCCUAGGGAUAGCGUCUCUUUUGGAGAAUUCUUGAAUCUCAACUGCGUUAGUCGGUCCGGAGCCAAUUGCUAUCUUAAUCAUGGGUGGGGCGACUAUAACUCGGUCAUGGGUCUCUGGGAGAACGAGUUGGCUACUCCCGCUUACUAUGAGUACAUGCCGUAUCUUUUCAAUGAGUCAAUUGGUGGGAAGAUUCAAGAUUAUGCGAGAGAAAAUUGGAGUAACGCUUCCGCUAAUUCCAGACUCUCUGGGGCUAGCUUGCUAGUUGGUCCAAAGAUGCUCCCUGAUACUACCAUGUAUCCUAUAUUCGGUAACGGUCUCGUCUGGGACUUCGACACCCAAUCCUUCCAGAAUAUGCAAGACGGUCUUCAAUACUCUCAAUCGGAUGUGGCAGAGGGAGGGACAAUCGCAUACUCGCUGGCAGAGGUGAAAACCGAACCGUCGAUCGCUGGAGAUUCAGGAAUAUGGAGGCAGGAGUCAAGCCCACCAGGCUCAUUGGCAGAGCAAGAGAACUUCGAGAUGCUGGAAGAGGAAAUAAAGCCGACCGCAUCGAGGACGCGGAGGCAGCAUACAGGUAAGAUCGAACAGACUGAUGAGCCUUGGAGGGACCGCAAUCGCAUAGACGAGGCUGUAUAUGGUAUUGGCAAGUUGGAGGAUCGCUUAAAGGAUUGGAAUAAGCGACAGAUGGACGCCGUUCGAGAAACCUCAAUGCACCACCCGUGGUAG